UUGCGCCUCACAGCAGGUGUGGCCAGCGCGCCUGCGCCACUUUGAGCAGCCAGUUAUUCGCGUCAGCAGCAGUCCUGUUCUGUCGCCGGGGUACCGGUCAGGGUUCAAAAAGAUGUGGGUGUUUGGUUACGGGUCCCUCAUCUGGAAAGUAGACUUCCCCUACCAGGACAAGCUGGUUGGUUACAUCACGAACUACAGCCGGCGCUUCUGGCAAGGCAGCACUGACCACCGCGGGGUUCCCGGCAAGCCUGGAAGAGUUGUGACUCUUGUUGAAGAUCCUGGGGGCAGUGUAUGGGGUGUUGCUUACAAACUACCAGUAGGAAAAGAAGAGGAAGUAAAAACAUACCUUGACUUCAGAGAGAAAGGAGGCUACAGAACUACAACAGUCAUUUUUUAUCCAAAAGAUCCCACAAGAAAACCAUUCAGUGUUUUGCUCUACAUUGGAACGUGUGACAAUCCUAACUACCUUGGUCCUGCACCUCUGGAAGACAUUGCUGAGCAGAUUUUUAAUGCAGCUGGCCCAAGUGGAAGAAAUACAGAAUAUCUUUUUGAGCUUGCAGAUUCUAUUAGGAAACUUGUGCCAGAAGAUGCAGAUGAGCAUCUCUUCUCUUUGGAAAAAUUAGUAAAGGAACGUUUAGAGGGAAAAUACAACCUCAGUAGCACAUAGUCACCAACUCCUCCAAACAGGCAGAGCUUUUAAUCUUCAGAGAAUAACUUCAGUACAAAACAGCAGUAUGUUUUGGACAUUCUUACUUGAAGAUCUUACUAUUUAAUGUUGUAAUUGGAAUGUCAUCUAAAUUUACUGUUUAUUUACAAGUUUCCUAAAACAUAUUCAGAAGAUUUACAUACAGAGAAAGAAAGAGUUCAAGUUAUACAAGUAAUUUCCUAACUAAAUGACAUAUGAACAUUUGUUCACUAGAAAUACAGUUCUGAAUUCACUUCCUGUUUUUAUCAGAGUAACAAUGGUUUAUAGUAUAUAUGCUUAAAAUAAUGUUAUUAGAAAUAUAUGGUAAUAGAGAAGGUUCCAGCACUGAUUGUUAAUUUCCUUGUUAUUUCGGAUUAAAUGAAAGUCAAAUUUA